AUGAAGCAAAAUCAGUUCGUGUCGUCUUCAGCUAGGAAAGCUCGUAAGGCACACUUCAAUGCUCCUUCACAUAUUAGGAGGAAAUUGAUGAGUGCUCCUUUAACCAAAGAUUUACGUAACAAGCAUGGGAUCCGUUCAAUACCGAUCAGAAUAGAUGACGAAGUCACCGUUACUCGAGGACAUUAUAAAGGAAACGCUGGGCGUGUAAUGCGUGUUUACCGGAAAAAAUUCGUUAUCCACAUUGAUAAAAUUACUCGUGAAAAAGCAAAUGGUUCUACAGUACAUAUUGGAAUCCAUCCAUCCAAGGUAGCGCUGACAAAACUAAAGAUGGAUAAGGAUCGACGAGCGAUGAUUGAAAGAAAAGCUGCCGGGCGAGCACGUAUAACAGGCCUGUUGAAGGGUAAACAUACCGAAGAAACCAUUUCCGAGGAGAAAAAUGUUUAA